UAGGUCGACAGAGUUGUGUUCCUUCUCAGUCACGAUCGACGCGUUGCGAAAACUGUACGUCUCUGUUACGUUAAUCGCCAACUCCAACCCAUGGUGACGAUUAACAAAGUGCACAAGUGUUCAUCCAUAAAGUAAGAACCUCCGCGACUCGUAGACGUCACGUGCAACGCGCGGGUCAAAGUAUGUUCGCUGUUAGAGAUAAUUGACGAUCGCCAAAUUUAAUUUUCUAUAUGCAAGCUCGUUUUAGCUUAUACUUGUCGUGAUAAGGAAAAUGAGAGUGAAAACAAUGCCGAGGCAUCUGACAGUUAACAAGAACGUUACAUCAAACGAAUGCACUACUGACAAUUUGGAAAUGAACUCUUCGGAAAAUUCCAAUGGAAGUGUUGACGUAAACAAGGAGGCGUCCGAUUGUCCCGCGGAAGCGUUGGAUCUGACUGCUAAACAAAAGGUUGUGGAAUCGCGGAAUGAUAACGGUAAUCACUGCUCGAUAGGUGACCUAUCCACGAGUUGCAAAGACUGCGGGCCAAUUUCAGGAGAGGAUUCAGACGAGUGUAAUUGUAGCGACGACAAGAAUAAUAAUUAUUUACCCAACUCAAACGGAGUGCAUUCUUCUAAUCCAGCUGGCCCGUCGUGCGUGGACGAUUCCAAAUCUUGCGAGCAGAAGACGAACGCCUCCAGCCACGACGAUCGUGCUCCACCCAAAGCCGUUAAUUUAUGCAAGAAAGAUCGAUGCGAGGACGAGCCGCCAAAUUCCAGCGAAAACAAACAGUUGGACACCAAGCACGAUUCUCUGCUUUAUCAAUUUCUCACCGACCCGACGUUUUUCGGUUUCACCUGCAAGAACAAAAAAUUGCGCCAGUACGAGUGCCAGUUUUGCAAGCAGAAUUUCGUCAACAGCGAUCAGCUAGCGGAUCACAUGGACGCGAAGAAGAACUCGGCCGAUCAAUUGGUCUGCUGCGCGUGCAAGAAAACGUUCGCGUAUAAACGAUACCUAAAGUACCAUCAAAAGUGUCACUCAGACAAGACGAAGUACACCUGCAACAUCUGCACCAAGAAGUACACCAGGAUAGACAACUUGACCAGGCACAACAUGAUCCACGUGAACCCUAAUAAAUUCAACUGUCCACACUGCAGGAAGACCUUCACGAGGAAAGAUCUCUUGAACAAGCACCUCAAGUGUCACGACGACGAGAAUCGAGUAUUCUGCGAGAUAUGUCAAAAAGACUUUGCAGCCAUGCGCACGCUGGAAGAUCACAGAAAAUGCUGUCAUUCGGCCACGUAGGUAAAUUCAGAAUCGUAGUCAUUGUAUUUCUUAAGAAAGUAGUAGCUAGAUCCGAGGUUAAGUUAGGAUAGGGCAACGAGGAAUGUACUUUUCUAUUUCUGUAGUAUGUUAUCCACGUAAAAAUAGUAAACCAAUGUUAAAUGUAUCGCGAAUAAAAUAGAAAUUAAAAAAUUCAAUCUUAAUUUCAGCUUG